UGGGCGAACCUCUCGAAGGACCACAAGCUGUAUCAGUUCGCUCAAGCACUUGCCGGUGAAGAUGGCAUACUGCACACCGCUGGACACAACGAGAUGUACGGCGUGGAGCUCGUUGCUCCAUCUCCCUCCCCACACACCACCUUGAUUAUCCUGCAGAAGUUCCUUCGCGCGAAUGACGAGGAUCUGGAGAAAGCGAAGGUUCAGCUGAGCGAAGCGUUGAAGUGGAGAAAGGAGUAUCAGCCGCUCAAAGCAAGAGACGAGGUGUUUGAUGGCGACAAGUUCAAAGGAUUGGGGUUCGUGACCAAAGUUCGAGGAGCUACAGAGACGAAGAACGAGGAGGAUGUCGUGGCCAUCAACGUCUACGGUGCCGCGGCGAAGGACUCGAAGAAAGUAUUUGGCGACACAGAUGCGUUCGUCCGCUGGCGCGUUGCUCAGAUGGAGAUCACGCUCGCCGAGUUGAAAUUGAACGAGGCAACCAAAACGAUCCCAGAUUACGGCAAGGGUCCCGAUCCGUACACAGCCAUUAACGUCCACGACUACCUUUCCGUCUCCUUCUUCCGCCAACCCGCCGAGAUCAAAGCAUCCUCAAGCAAGAUCAUCGACCUCUUCCAGAAAUACUACCCCGAAACCGUCAGCUACAAGUACUUCGUCAACGUCCCUCUCGUCAUGCAAUGGAUGAUGGGCGCCAUGAAAGCCCUCAUGUCCAAAGACAGCAUCCAACGCAUGACAUGGAUGACCUACGGCUCGGAGCUACACACAUGCCUUGGGAAGGACUUGCCAUCACAAUACGGUGGCUCUGGUCCCGCGCUGGAAGAGACUGCCCUGACGCCGAAGUACGCCGAGACUGCUGCUGCCGCUUAGGAAGCGCCAGUGGAUCGAUCCCCGACUACAGCGCCAGCGCGGACGGCGGACGAGUCAGCUGUUGGUCGGCUGGCGAGCGAGCUGGUCGAGGAUAUGGCGGGUGGGAGGAGUGCGUUGUGGAGGCCAUUGGAGGCUUCCCUUCGUG